GAGCGGGGAAGUCCCCGAGACACCCGGGCAGGGCCGCGUUUAAGGAGCGGCGUCGGAGCUUGGGGGCCUGGUUGCUGUGUCUGUAGCCGCCACCAUGCCCGUCAAAGGAGGCACCAAGUGCAUCAAGUACCUCCUCUUCGGCUUCAACUUCAUCUUCUGGCUUGCAGGAACAGCAGUGCUUGCAGUUGGACUAUGGCUUCACUUUGAUUCACAGACCAAAAGCGUCUUUGAACUGGAAUCUGACACAAAGUUUUACACAGGUGUUUACAUCCUUAUUGGAGCUGGUGCCCUUAUGAUGCUGGUUGGUUUCUUGGGAUGCUGUGGUGCAUCACAGGAAUCUCAGUGUAUGCUUGGCCUGUUCUUCUUCUUCCUUUUUGUGAUUUUUGCCCUUGAAAUUGCUGCUGGGAUCUGGGGAUUUUCAAAUAAAGAAAAGAUUAUUGAUGAGUUAAAGGAGUUCUACAUGGACACCUACAGAAAGAGAACUCAGACAAGUGCCAGAGACACCCUGAAAGCAUUUCAGUUCACUCUAAACUGCUGUGGCCUUACUGGAGCUGUGGAGCAGCAGUACAUGGACACCUGUCCAGCAAAGACACUGUCUGAGUCAUUCUCUAUCAAGUCCUGCCCUGAUGCCAUUGAUGAUGUCUUCAAAUCCAAAUUCAAUGUCAUUGGAGCAGUUGGCCUUGGCAUUGCUGUAAUGAUGAUUGUUGGCAUGAUAUUCAGCAUGGUUCUGUGCUGUGCCAUCCGCAGGGAAAGAGAGAUGGUCUGAGAGCUGCAAACCCAAGAUUCCUGCACUAUAAAAAUCCUCACCAUUAACUUUCAUGUUCUGAGAGCAUUUCUAAAAUGUUAUAUAUUUGUUACCUUUUUAAUGCUUUAUUUGGUACUGAUGUAGGUUUGCUUUUUAUGUUACACGUUAAAAUGAUAAAAGUUUAUCUGACUCAAGACAAACAUGGUACAUAAAAUAUCUGACUUCCUUGAAACUUACAUAAUUUGGUUGUAAUUUAUGUGGAGACAAUUUGAUACUUAAUAAAGAAUAAGAUGUAUUGUUU